AUGGUCAGGCCUGAGGCAAUAUUGGUUGUGCCAGCCCAAGGCAAGAAGUAUGCCGAGGUCCUGGCUCUAAUGAAGAAGGUUAACGUUACCGGGCUUGGGGCAAGCGUGGGAUCUAUCAGGGAGACGAGGACGGGAGGUGUCCUCAUCGAACUGAAAAAUACUGAGUCUAAGCACCGUGAUGCGUUCGCCGAGGCAAUUAAAAGUGCCGUGGCGGACGCGGGUAGUGUGAGGACACUGUCCCCGCGCUCGGCCUCGAAGAUAAGGAACGUUGACCCAACGGUGACAGAGGAGGAAGUCGAAGCAGCAGUUAAAGGCUGCUUUGACGAAGGGGCGUCCCCCCGCAUGGUUGUGCGGUUGUCUUCUGGAACAAACAGAGGAAACCGCAUAGCCUACGUCGAGGUACCUGCGACGGCGGCUCCGAUUCUCGAAAAGAGGGACCACAUUAGGCUGGGCUGGGUUAACUGCAGGAUGCGACAAAAGAUCACAGUUGAGCGUUGCUUCAGGUGCCUGGGCUUCGGGCACAUUGCGAGGCAGUGUGGCGGGCCCGACAGGACCGGGGCGGGCUGGAGGUGCGGUAAAAAGGGUCACAUGGCACGAAACUGCUCGACAUGUCGCUGGGACUGCCGGGUGUGGGGCCCCUCAGGCGAUUGCAGUGACGACACGGCGGAAAUGGCGCUGAUCCUGCAAGUAAACGUAGAUAAAACCGUGUUCGCGCACGAUCUGCUAAUCCAGUUUUCCCCUGCCCAGGGUAUGGAUAUGCUCUUUAUAAGUGAGCCAACCCGCACGUUACCGGGUCGAGGCUGGUUCUGCGACAGGACAAGAGGCGCUGCCAUCCUGAUUCACAGCGACAAGUUCUCCGUAUCCAAUACCAGAGGUGAAGACGGAGAACGGCUUGCCGAACUCGAGGAUACCGUCCGAGUGUGCAAGGAAAGUGGUGAUGUAGUCCUGGCCGGCGACUUUAACUCCAAGGCCAUCGCUUGGGGAGAGCCGAGAACCGACCCCAGAGGACGGGCGGUGCGACCUGGUAACCGGGAAACGAUCAUCGAUCUCACGCUGGUGUCGUCAGUAAUGGCGGCACGGGUCUCCGACUGGCAAGUCCUGGAGGACUACACGGCCAGUUAUCACCAGUACGUCAGCUUCGUAAUACACGAAGAUCGUGGUGUAGCUUCGCAAGAUGUAAGCCGAAGGCGCGUUAACGGGUGGAACGUUGCAAAACUCAACCGAGUUCUGAUACUGGAAGCCAUGGUUGGCGCGCCGCCUCCAGCCGAUUUAAACAAGAUCAAUAAUCAAGCGGAGGCUGAGGCACUCCGACACAGAACUCACGAAGGCGCCGGGGCAGCUGCUGCCGCGUACAAGGAAGCAAAAAGAGCGCUAAUGAGGGCGAUCAAGGUGAGCAAGAACCGAUGCUGGCGCAAGCUCAUCGCCGAGGUGGAUAAGGACACGUGGGGCCUGGGCUACCGAAUCGUGUUAAAAAGACUUCGCGGUUCGGACCCGGCGCCGCCGAUGGAACCUUCCUUCUUGGAGAGAGUGGUCUCUUGCCUCUUUCCGGAGCAUCCCGCUAGGAGGGGGGAGGACAUAAGUGUAGGACAGGUACCUCUCUUCACUCUCGAGGAAUUCAGGUCGGUGGCAUCGGAGACGCCUGGGCGAAAGGCCCCUGGUCCGGACGGGGUGCCGUCCGAAGUCCUCAAGAUAAUAGCUGCAGAAAACUUAAAGCGACAGCAAGUUGCUGAUAAAGUCAAAUCAGAAACAAAAGACAUUACAGAGACGCUACAAAUGAUUUACGAUAAGGACGGCAACACAGCGUACGCUGUUGAAAAUGGGCUUAAAGCGACGCUCAAGCAUCUUUAA